AUGCCUCGUCAAGCGCACGGAAGACCGCUGCAAACCGGAAGGUUGAAUGCUGGCCUCAGGAAGAAGCCUACCCAGAAUCGCAGACUGAACGCACUUGAGAUUGCGGAGCGUGAACAUCCUGUUGAGAUCAAAAUUCGACAACACCGCCUCGGGCAGGUCGACGAUGAGUUCGAAGAUUCACACAGUAGGGCGGAUACGGAUGAGCGGUCAUCGAAGAGAAGGAAGCUUGCCACAACAGCAGGAAACGAGGUUGAAGAAGAAGGCUCAGACCUCGAGGGCAACCGGUGGCAUCUCGGUGUGAAUGAGGAGGAUGAGGAUAGUGAUAUUGACAGCGAAGAGGCUUUUGGCGCAAGUGAUGAAGAGAGGUUUGCAGACUUUACAUUUCGCGGAAGCGCUACCACAUCCGCGGAGCCUAACCAUCGUGGCGGUGCUGCGUCCCUUGAGCUCGAUGACGAAGGGAAGAAUGGUGAGGAAAACAAGAACACCGAUGACGAGCCAGAUGACGACUUCGGGGAUGAGGCUGUAGAUUUAGCCACAGCUUGGGACAUGGACGAUCAAGAACAAGUGGGAGUCUCGGGAAGGCGCCAAAAAAAUCAAACCCGCCUCACAAAUGAUGCUGACGACGGCGACAAUUCCUCCCAGUCAGAACUCGACGAUGAUCCGGAAUCAGAUGACGAGAUGUCUCAAAUAGAAGAUGAUGCGGAGUCUGAGUUAUCUGUUUCAGACGAUGAAGGCGAUCAUUCAAGGCUCCUGAACUUUGUUGAAGGCCUGACAAACGGUAGCAAGACUCGGAAGGUCGUUGAACGGCGACAUCUCCAAAACUUGCCGAAUAAGCCAUCCCAAUUCGGUCUCGGCUCUACGGAAAUGCCCUCUAUUGAUCUUUUACGAUAUAUCAAAGACCCCCACCAGAGACAGUCUCUAAAAAUCCUGCAGAACAGUGACGGGAGGGGUCACGAAGCCUACAAAAGUGGCAUUCCGGGUAGACUCGCACCUCCACUCGCAAAAAGGCAGCAGGAUCGCCUUGACCGUUCUGCAGCAUAUGAGGAGACCAAAAAGGAGUUAGGCAAGUGGAUCGAGACAGUCAAGCAGAGUCGACGCGCCGAGCACCUCUCAUUUCCCCUUGUUGAUACUGCAGCAGCUGGCAUGUUGAGCAAUAAGCAACUUGGGCCAACCUCUACUGCAGAGCCUAUGACUUCACUUGAAUCGGCGAUCCGGAAUAUCAUAAUGGAAAGUGGGAUGCAGUCGAGAGACAGUCGAUCCCAGGAAGACCAGGAACGCGCCUUUGAGGAGCUGCACGAGAAGAAGAUGCCACUGGCUGAAAUUCAAGCGCGAAGGGCAGAGUUGCGGCGGGCACGGGAUCUGAUGUUCCGCGAAGAAAUCCGAGCACGACGGAUCAAAAAGAUCAAAAGUAAGGCAUAUCGUCGCAUCCACCGCAAAGAGCGCGAGAAUGCUAGUCAGGAGCAUAGAAGCUUGCUGGCAGCGCAAGGCUUGAUUGAUUCAGAGGAAGAAAGAGAGCAGAACGAGCGUCGGCGAGCGGAAGAACGGAUGGGCGCGCGCCACAGGGAGAGUAAAUGGGCCAAAAAUGCCAAGGCCACAGGAAGGGCUACUUGGGAUGAGGAGGCCAGGCAUGGAGUGGCGGAUCUUGCCAGGCGAGAUGAAGAACUUCGCAGACGAAUUGAGGGCAAGGCCAGUGCUGUCUCAGACGAGUCUGGUUCAGAAUCUUCUGAUUUCGAAGGCUUUUCUGGGACGGAUGAUGAGAGAGAAAACCUAGAAACUAGGCUCGAUGAUGUCGAGCGCGAUGAAGUUGAUACUUUCGAGACAAGGCUAGGGUCGAUGGCAUUCAUGAAAAAGGCAGAAGCGGCAAGGAAAGCUGCUAAUGAAGAAGAAAUUCGGAAGAUAAGGCGCAGUCUCCACAGCGACGAAGUGGAAUCGGUGAGUCAGGCGCAUUUCGAAGACGACGCCCCGACGGGCCGUCAAAAGUUUGGAGUGGCCAGUGGAGAUAUUCCUGUGAAGCCUCAAGUUCAUGUUUCCAAGAGCGAGUUCGAGGAACCUGAGUCGGAGGCGGAGCUUGAAGAUAUACGGGAUCAAGAUCAAAGAGAAGGAUUGAAAGACAAUUCGCCAACGGCCACUUUGCUGGAAAUUGAGGAAACUAUACUAGACCGAAGCUCGACUCGGUCGUUGAAGCGCCCCGGUGCGAAGCAGACGGGAAGUUCCAACCAAAAAAACAACCUAUCAAGCCAGAAUUUUUUGCCCCGACUCGCCAAAAACGGAGAGACAUUGAAGAAGACAAAACGGGUGCCACGGAGCCGCCUAGAUGACUAUACUAGUCCGUCCGAGUCCGAGAACGAGCAGGAUGAGAGAACUGCACUUGCACAAGCUAUCUUUGCAGGUUCGGGUGAAAUUCAGCGGGAGUUUGCUAGAGAAAAGAGAGAAACCGUGGAGGAAGAAGGGGACCAAGUCAUUGACGACGGCCUUCCUGGGUGGGGAAGUUGGACAGGAGAAGGCAUCAGCAAGAAAGCUCAAAAGCGGGUCAAAGGACGGUAUUUGACAACGGUAAAGGGUGUGGCGGAAGAGAAGCGACAAGAUGCCAGCCUGGAAAAGGUCAUUAUCAACGAGAAGCGUGUCAAGAAGAACGGGAAGUAUUUGGCCAGCGAACUACCUCAUCCAUUCGAGUCACGACAACAGUAUGAACGGUCGCUUCGUCUACCCUUGGGCCCUGAAUGGACCACAAAGACCACGUUCCAGGAUGGCACCAAGCCGCGAGUGUUGAUUAAGCAGGGCAUCAUCCGGCCGAUGGCACGACCCCUGGGGUAG